AUAGUUGAGCCAGGCGGUGCAAAGCGUGAUCCGUCCGUAUGGGAAUACGGGGAUUCGCGUAUGUCCCAUACGCCGCGGAUUACUACCUCGAGGCCACGACAUGCCGAGCCAUUCUGCUACUAGGACUCAAGGCAAAAAGAACUUUAUGUCAUAGUCGAAACAGAAAAUGCGCAGACGAGAUGUAUUUAAGGAGGUCGAUCGGCCAUCGGCCAUGAUCACUCUAACAUAAUCACCGACCGUCAUGAAAAGCGCAUCAACUCUUAUGACAAUUCUUGCUGUCAGCAGUCAUAGUACUGCAAUGACCUGCAAAUCGACGCCUCUAGACUCCGACUGGCCUCCUGUCGCAGAGUGGGAGGCCUUGAACAGUACACUCAAUGGUGCUCUUCUCCAGACACGUCCUGUUGCAUCUGCAUGCUAUACCGGCAACCCUUUCAAUUCAACCAUGUCUUGCAACGAAGUAGAGGAUCAGUGGAACUCAACAUACUUCCAUGCAACUCUCCCAGAAUCGGUCGACUUCUCACUGUGGACCAACAACUCUUGUGUACCUCCUGGUAUCGACGGACACCUCGAGGACAGGCCAUGCUCGAUCGGCGCUUACCCAGCAUACAUUGUCAACGGAAGCUCGAAUAAGAUAAUCUCGGAUGCCAUGAGCUGGGCUUCCCGCCGCAAUAUCCGUAUCAACGUCAAGGGUACCGGGCAUGAUCUCGAUGGCCGAUCUACUGGCGCCCAUAGUCUGUCCAUAUGGACUCACCAUCUCAACAACAUCCAAUUCGAGUCCAACUGGAACGGUACGGAAGACGUUGUCAUCGUCGGGAGCGGUCAGCAAUGGGGCAAUGUCUAUGAUGCAGCCGCAAAAUUUGGUAAAGUGGUCGUCGGCGGUGCAGAUGGCAGUGUGGGUCUCGGUGGCCAUAUCCAAGGAGGUGGCUAUGGACCUCGCUCUCCUGCUUAUGGCCUAGCCCCCGAUCAAGUCUUGCAGGUCACUGUAGUGACCACUACCGGCGAGAUUUUCUUUGCAAAUGAUACCAAUCACCAAGAUCUCCUGUGGGCUCUCCGCGGCGGUGGAGGUGGCACUUAUGGUGUAGUCACUGAGUACGUGCUCAAGGCUUACCCGGCACCCGCGAAUACUGUAGCCGGAAUCUUGUCUAUCAGUGGAGGAAAAAACGCUACCGGCAAUGCUACCUGGGAUGCAUUCGCCGUCGCGCUCAACCAUGUACCUGACCUCAUGGACAAUGGUGUCUGGGGUAAUGCUAUUGCCUUCGGACAAACACCAGGAGAGGUCCAGGUGACAUUUCAGCUCUCUGCAUACAACAGUACUGCGUCGGAUCUAACAGCCAAGAUCAGACCCAUCAUUGCCGCGAUCAGCAAGGCGACUGGCAACAUGAGCAACAACUCCAACCUCUCCGUUCAAUGGAGCGAUCCUACAGUAUCCCUCUUCGACCGAAACAGCAGCUCCAAGUCGGCAUCUAAUACUGCUGGGGUAGGAGGCCUCGAGACAAGUCGUCUACUUGGUCGUGCACAGCUCACGCUUCCAUACAAACAGGUCUCAUCAUACCUGCGUCGAAUCAUGUACACAGAGCUAGGUGCCGGUCGCGCCAUGCUCAUCCUAGGGCUCUUCGCCGGCCCUGGAGUUCAAAACACCCCACCAGAGCGCCAGGGAGCAGUAAACCCCAUCUGGCGUAGCACCUACGUCCACGCAAUCUCUGGCUCCGGUCCUGCAGCCCAGGAAUCAGACACACCAGCACAGAUUAUUAAACAAUCAUCUAAAUGGUACGAGACUCACAGAGAGGCUGUUUGGCGCGAAUGGGCACCCAACACCGGUGCCUACAUGAACGAAGCCAACCCUUACAACUCAAACUGGAAGCACGACUUUUUCGGUGUCAACUACGAUAAACUUGCUGCUAUCAAGCAAAAGUACGAUCCCUCCGAGUCGCUGUAUGCAGUGUCCAGAGUUGGGUCUGAGUGGUGGGACAAUGAUCUGCAGACUGGCAAGUUGUGCAAAAUUGAGUAAAGUGGUACGGGCAAAGCGAAGAAAUCAGGGAGCCGCAGUGAAUUGUAGAGGAAGACUUGUCCUUUGUAGAUCUCUGGAAGGAUAACUUGGAAGAACCUCCCCUUGCUGAAUCAGAUGUCAUCAUGAUCUGUUCAUUUUGGGAGACUG